AGUUAUUGUAGUUAGGUCACACACCGACACAAAUCGUGCGUAAUUUUCAUUUAUUUUGCUCCGCUUUCCUUCGCUGUUUUCACACCCACAAUCGGGAAAAAUACACCCAGGAGUUGGGACCAAACAUUGGACAACAUAUUGUGUACGUUCGCGGGCAUAAUUAACCGAUUUAGGCGAUUUUUUUAGCCUCGUAAAACGCGACGACGUCAGUGGGCGACGCGACUGGCGUCAGGUGAAAAAAAACCGAAAGAAAAACUAAUAAUUGAAAAUUGAACGGGAGCAGCGGAAUUAAACGGAAAUUGCAACUGUGAAAACGCUCGAAAGCGUGGAGAGUUGCAUUUGAAAAAAGCAUGAGCACAACGGCCGCCAGUCUCAUUGAGGCGGCUUUAAAUGCCAGUAGUGUCAACGCCACAGCUACGACUUCGGGAUCGCUUGAGGAGGCAACGGGAAAGCAUAACUUCAUGGUGCAGGUGAAGAACACGCCGCUGGAGCCGUUGCUCCAUGUGGGCGAUGGCAUCUUCCUGCAGACAAAGACCGCCCAGGUUCUGGCCGGUGUUUGUGUUUGGGCCGCCUUGUUUAUCACCUGUCAACAGAUCUACCAGCAUCUGCGCUGGUACACGAAUCCGCAGGAGCAGCGCUGGAUCGUGCGCAUUCUGUUCAUCGUGCCCAUCUAUGCCACCUACUCCUGGAUUAGUCUGCUCUUCUUUAACUCGGACAAUGUCUACAUCUACUUCUUUACAGUGCGCGAUUGCUACGAAGCCUUUGUCAUCUACAACUUCUUGUCGCUGUGCUAUGAGUACCUGGGCGGCGAGGGCAACAUAAUGUCGGAGAUUCGCGGCAAGCCCAUCAAGACGUCGUGUCUCUAUGGCACCUGCUGUCUGAAGGGCAAGACCUACACGAUUGGCUUCUUGCGUUUCUGCAAGCAGGCCACUCUGCAGUUUUGCCUGGUCAAGCCGCUGGUGGCCUUCAUCAUCAUUUUUCUGCAGGCCUUUGGCCACUACCACGAUGGUGAUUGGAGUGCUGAUGGCGGCUACAUUUAUAUAACGAUUAUCUACAACAUCUCCGUAUCGCUUGCGUUAUAUGGUCUCUAUCUGUUCUACUUUGCCACCCGUGAUCUGUUGACUCCGUUUGAGCCCGUGCUGAAGUUCUGCACCAUCAAGUCGGUCAUCUUCUUGUCCUUCUGGCAGGGCGUGGGUCUGGCCAUCCUGGAGAAGGCCAAUGUUAUCUCGCCCAUUGUGGACAGUGCAGGCACUGUCACCGUGGAACCUGGUACUGUUUCCGCCGGAUACCAGAACUUCUUCAUCUGCAUCGAAAUGCUGUUCGCCGCCAUUGCGCUGCGCUAUGCAUUCCCCUAUCAGGUCUACGCACGCAGCUGCAUCAGUGAUGGUCAUGGACGAUCUGUCACCAUGCAGUCCAUUUCAAGCAGUCUUAAGGAAACGAUGAAUCCCAAGGAUAUUAUGACAGAUGCUAUUCACAACUUCCAUCCGCAGUACCAGCAGUACACGCAGUACAGCUCAGGUGGCAAGAACUCGCGCGGCAUUCGCGUCUCCAGCUACGAUCCGGAUGAUCCGAGCUCGGGAACUGGAACAGGAUCCAUGCAGGCGUCAUCGCAGCCCACCAGCGGGGGAUACAAUGCGGUGGCCACUGGUCCAGGAUCUGGCGGAAACGGCGGCAGCAACUGCAUGGCCUCAAAGACGCUGGGCAACCAGAGGAAGUUCCAGCCUGGUGGUCAGCGAGUGGCCACCAUCAGCCAGAACUACAACGAGAAAACCAUGCUGCUGAGCAGCGACGAUGAGUACCAGUAGAGAGGGUUUGGGAUUAUUGUUAUCAUCCCGCACCUAUUGUUAACAAAAUUAAGUCUUUCGUUCGGACCCAAUUCGAUGGGGUUACAGUUUCGUUUAUCCAGUUUGCUGAUUCUGUCGCUUGUACAAUAAUCUUAAGUAGCCGAGCAGCAUAGAGCAUCACAACCUAUUAGGCAAUUAAAGAGAACUCAUUGAUAUAUCUUGUAUAUUAGGGUGUGUAGAUGAAGGGAUGUAGUCUAUGGAUAAUGCAGAGAUAUUCUUUCCAAUAAAUUAAGCAGAAACUAAAUUGUAUUGGUUAAAUAUUGUUUUUUUUAACAAUAAAACCUUAUUGAAGUUUUUUGAAAAUAAGUAAUAUAUCCAUAUAUCUGAAAUAUCCAUAGAUUACUCUUUCCAUCCAGGAUCGACUAGCCCUAUAUCGUAUAUUCCCUUAUGUAUGUAGGGUACGACUUAAUCUGCGCAAAGCUAUUUUGUAUUUUUACACCGCAUAUGUAAUUUGAUUCGCUUCGAUUCCAUUUCUCUUGUGUAAAUUUGUCAGACAAUUUAAUUGUAAAGCGAACCAAAAACUGAAUAGAAAUCAAAAGUAGCAAAAACUGAACUGCAACUGCACUUCUUGCGUCUCACGAACCGUCUACAACAGGCUGCUUCAACAAUAAUUACUGGCGGAGAAGCUGAGGAUAAUCUACACAGACAAAUAUAUUUAUAAGCCAAGGCUAAUUUUAAAGCAAACUUAACACAAUACAUAGCUAACUUAGAGCGAAUUUGUUAGGAUGAUUGAAUGAGACCAGGUCCAGAACCCAGAAUCCAGAAUUAUAUGACCCAUUCCGGACUCGAAAUGUAUAAAAGAAUUUUACCCUGUACAGAGAAAGUAAGGAAUUCCACAAUUGGCCACUACAAAAAGCAGUCGAGAGCAGUAUUUUGAUAACUAGCCAGGCUUACCAUCAAAUUACGAGUGUGUCUGGACCCACGGAGUGAGCGGUGCCGGAAAACCGAGCGGAAAAACCAUAGGAAAAGUCAAAUUAUGUAUAAUUAUCGGGAGUGAAGUAAAGGAAAACCAAAGCAGUAACGUUUUUAUGUACAUUUUUCGUUAAUUAUAUGAAAUGAAAAUAAAGUAAAUGUCAUAAAGUACUCAAAAUCCAUUUAUGUAUAUAAUAA